AUGGCUGCCGAGGAUGUGGCGGCGACCGGCGCAGACCCGAGCGAGCUCGAGAGCGGCGGGCUGCUGCACGAGAUUUUCACGUCGCCGCUCAACCUGCUCCUCCUCGGCCUCUGCAUCUUUCUGCUCUACAAGAUCGUGCGCGGGGACCAGCCGGCGGCCAGCGACAGCGACGACGACGAGCCGCCCCCGCUGCCCCGCCUUAAGCGGCGCGACUUCACCCCUGCCGAGCUGCGGCGCUUCGAUGGCGUACAGGACCCGCGUAUACUCAUGGCCAUCAAUGGCAAGGUGUUCGACGUAACCAAAGGCCGCAAGUUCUACGGGCCUGAGGGGCCGUAUGGAGUCUUUGCUGGAAGAGAUGCAUCCAGAGGCCUUGCCACCUUUUGCCUGGAUAAGGAAGCACUGAAGGAUGAGUACGAUGACCUUUCUGACCUCACUCCUGCCCAGCAGGAGACCCUGAGUGACUGGGACUCUCAGUUCACUUUCAAGUACCAUCACGUGGGCAAACUGCUGAAGGACGGGGAGGAGCCCACCGUGUACUCAGACGAGGAGGAGCCAAAAGAUGAGAGCACUCGGAAGAAUGAUUAA